AUGUCAGUGGAAGAAAUGAAUCAAAUCGAACCAAACGGAUCUACGGCACUUCAUGUGGCUUCGUAUCGAGGACAUGAGAAGAUUGUUGAACUAUUAUUAGAAAGAGGAGCUUCUCAUUCGAUAGUAAAUAGAUACCAAAAUACUCCGCUCGACGAAGCCAAAACGGAGAAAAUCAAAAAAUUAAUUCGUGGUCGGAUAAAUAACACUCGUUUUGUUAGUGAAUCUGUCGAAUGGAUUCUUUCAACAAAUGAUGCAGAUUUUCAAGCAAAUAAAUAUUUAAAAAAACUAGAAACAUAUGGAAAAGAUCCGAACUUUGAUCAAUUGAUUAUUCAUAUCAAAGAAAACUACCUCGAAAAACUUCUCAAAUGCGUUGACGAUCUUCACAAAAUCCAAGAAAAUUUUGAUACGGCAAUCAAAAAAAAAGAUCCUCUGCAUCUAUUAAAAGCUUAUACAACUGAUACUGGAUUUUAUUCUGCACUGAAUAUUGAUUUAGCAAAAUUACGUCUCGAGAAUUUAACUGAUAAGGAGAAUCGUGAUCGAGCAUCUUUUAUUGGAAUAAUUGCACAUCAUCCUAAAUUACAAAGAUUUUCAUAUACCGGAACUGUAUUUCGUGGAAUGAUUAUUACCAAUGAUGAUUUUGAACAAUACCAAAUAGGUACACGAAUCUUAACCAAAACAUUUUCAUCGGCAUCGAAAAAGAAAAAUGUUGCAUUAAGAUUUCUUAAUAACAAUCUGGAUAGGAAUGAUCGAUUAAAUACAAUAUGUGUUUAUCAAAUACGGAAUGAACGAACUGCAUUAUGUAUUGAAGAAAUUUCCGAAUUUGAAGAUGAAGAAGAAGUUUUAAUAUUGCCAUAUUCAGCAUUUAAAAUAAUUGAUAUUCAAAAGAAAAAUCACAAUUCACCUCAAAUUGAAAUAACUUUAAAAGAAUGUGAGCCAUGGUAGAUCAUUGACACUUUUGUUUUUCUAUUCCCAUCGAGAAGAUUGAAUUUUUCUACAAUUUUUUUUCACGAAACAUCCAAUUUCUUUUCAAUCUUUUCGAAAGUCUCCUGAACUUUCCUAUACCCGUUGUUUUCCGUUCAAUGCCUUGGUUUCUUUUUAUAAACAUGAUUUUAGAUAAAACUUUCAAAAGAAAUCAAUUUGGAAGUGAAAUUCACAAAAAGAGAGAUAAGAUCUCUUUUUCCAUGAUCUUCUUCAGACACUACUUCAUUGGAACUAUCACCACUGGCUGAAUUCCACGGAUUCAGAAUCCUUCACGGUGGGAGUGUGGCUGUUAGUCUGGACGAUAAGAAUAGUGACGCCCACACCCAGACCCCACAGCCACACAACCACACAGACACAGACAUCCACACCCACCCACCCACACCCACGCCCACACCCACACUCUCGCCCACACCCACACACUCGCACCCACCCCACACCCACACCCACACCCACACCCACCCACACCCGUACCCACCCACACCCACACAUCCACACCCAAAUCCACACACCCACACCCACACCCACACCCACACCCACACCC